AUGUUUAAAAAGGAACAAAAGCUGUGUGUCGUAUGUAUUGAUGAUAGCGAUACCAACAUUGCUGUUAGUUUUCUCCAUGUUUCAACAUCGUCUUCAACAUCCAAUGAACAGGCUUGCACUUCCAGACAUCCAACAUCCAGAGAACAGGCUUCCCUUCAACAUCCAGAGCAAGCGGCUUUACAACCUACUUUAGCAAAAGAGGUGGAAACUGGACCUUUUGUUUCUUGUUCAACAUGUGAUGGACAAUUUGAAAUCAAUGAAAUUUAGGAACAUGCAGAUCGGUGUGCUGAAUCUACCUGGCAUGGAUCAGAAUGGCUUAUAUAUGCAAAUUUGAUGUCAAGCUUUGAAAACAAUUCUGAUACUGAGAUGCAGCAUGAUGAAACAUAUACACAGAGAGAAGCCCCUGAAGAAACUGUUUCUGCUAGUGGAGGUACCCAAGAAAUCAGCAGAGGUAAAAUGAUUGAAGUAAUUCAAGAACUCCAGAAAAAUGUGGGAAUGUCAACCAACAGAAUAAAUGUUCAGAGAAAAACGGUUUUAGCAGAUUACCUUAACACAAGGAAGAGAAGACCAUGGUUUAAACCAGAGGUUCACAUAAAAGUUGUUUUUGUAGGAGAAACUGCUAUAGAUGAUGGUGGGCCAAAACGUGAAUUUUUUACAGGUAUAGUACACUGUAUGGAUAUGUGCAUGCCUUCUCAAGUUGCUGAAGACAUGGUUUAAUUUUGGGUUUGUGAAACCACAAGUCUGAGAAACUUCAUACUAACUUAUUAAUUACAAAUUAAUUAUUAAUUCUUUCUCUUUCUUACAGAUGCACUUGAACAACUGAAGCUACGAAUUUUUCAUUCAAAUGGUUUACCAGUGGAGAGUACUGUUGCUCUAACAGAAGAAACAUUUAAACUUGGAGCCGAACUGAUCGUCAUGUCCAUUGUACAAGGUGGCCCAGCACCAACUUGUAUGUCUCCUGUCAUCUAUGACAUCGUUUCAAGAGGUUUCAAAAGUCAGACUUGUGUGUUAUUGGAUAUGAUAAAAAAUGGAAAUUUCAAGACCAUUGCUAAUAAGGUAAUAUAUAUAUAUAUAUAUAUAUAGGGUACUUUUAAAGCUUCCUCAGUUUUGGUUUCCUGGUAAGCAUGUUAACCCAUUGAGCUGCAAUGCUCUCCAGUGUGCCCUACUUAUUUUUAUAUUUGGUUGAAUGGCAAAAUUAGCAUUCCAUCUGAACUGUCUCUAGUUACAAUUCAUACAUGCAUGUGAUGUGAGAUGCAAUUUGUUGUUGUUCUAGAUAGACAAAGUUAGUACAGUUGAACAGUUGCAUUCUAUUUUGGUUGAAGAUGAUGUUCUGGAUGUAUUAUCACAAGUUGGAUAUAGGGGAGUACCAAGCAGAGAAACAUUAGAAUGCAAGGAGAGUCUAGUCAGGUAA